AUGGAUUAUCGAUCGCCCCACGGUGCUCCACCAUCAUACACAGCCCAUCACAACCAUCACAGCCAUCACGAUGGUGCAUUGCGUAUGACUAUCGAAAGGUCGCCUACCGAUGGUUAUGCCCUGCAAAAUGUUGUGGCCAUUGCCCCGGGUCAAAUUGAUCCACGCGAACACUAUCUUUUGGUCAACGAUCAAUAUAUUUUCACUGCAAGACAAGACAAUACUAUGCAACGAGGGGUGCUCGGUACCAGUGCUAUGCAACGACGAUGGGCCCAAUUUUCAUUGAAUGAAGAAGUCUCUGUCAAGCCAUACGACCCAUUUGCUACUGGUGUGGAUAUCUAUCUUGCGAUGCUCAAAGUGGAAGUUGGGUUCCUGCGCAAGAGUACCCAGAACACGGAUGAUUUUGAUACCGAAAAGAUGAGCGAGGCAUUUUCCAAUAACUUUCACAAUCAAAUCUUUUCCGUGGGUCAAUUGUUGGUAUUUGAGUUCCAUGGUAUCAAUCUCUCAUGCAAGAUUACGGAUAUGGAAGUGGUUGAAUUGGAGACGCUCAAGCGACAAACCAAGGGCGAGAUUGAUGUUCAUGCUGAAGGAAAUUCACGAGCCACCUGCGGCGUCUUGAUGCGUCAAACGAUGAUCCAAUUUAGCAAAUCGAGCGAGUCCACCAUCCGUCUCAAGGGUGCCAAGAAAUCUUCAAAGGCACAGCAAUUGAUCAAGGCUGAUUUCAAGUUUGAGGAUCUUGGUAUUGGUGGUCUUGACAAGGAAUUCAGUGCUAUCUUUCGACGUGCUUUUGCAUCUCGUAUCUUCCCACCCAGUAUUGUCGAGAAAUUGGGCGUGCAACAUGUCAAAGGUCUUUUGUUAUAUGGUCCACCUGGUACGGGCAAGACACUGAUUGCUCGACAAAUCGGCAAAAUGCUCAACGCUCAAGAACCCAAGGUGGUCAGUGGCCCUGAAGUCCUAAGCAAGUUUGUGGGUCAAAGUGAAGAGAACGUGCGUAAGCUCUUUGCCGAUGCAGAAGCCGAGUACAAGUCCAAAGGAGAAGAAUCAAGUUUGCAUAUCAUCAUUUUCGACGAAUUGGAUGCUAUUUGCAAGCAGCGUGGCAGCCGUGGUGAUAGCACGGGUGUUGGUGAUUCAGUGGUGAACCAAUUGUUGGCAAAGAUGGAUGGUGUAGAUCAGCUGAACAACAUCCUGAUCAUUGGUAUGACCAAUCGCAAGGACAUGAUUGAUGAAGCUUUGUUGCGUCCAGGUCGUCUCGAGGUUCAUAUGGAAAUUGGAUUGCCGGAUGAAAAUGGCCGUUUGCAGAUUCUCAAAAUCCAUACAAGCAAGAUGCGUGAUAAUGACAUUUUGGAUUCAGACGUAUCCCUUGAUGAACUUGCCAACCUGACCAAAAAUUACAGUGGUGCUGAACUCUCUGGUGUUGUCAAAGCAGCUUCUUCUUAUGCCUUUAGUCGCCAUACCAAGGUCGGCACGGUAGCAGGCGUGGCACCCGAUGUGGAAAACAUGAAGGUGAACAUGGAUGACUUUUUAGCGGCCCUGCAAGAAGUUCCUCCUGCAUUUGGUGUAUCGGAGACCGAGUUGCAGCAAUGUGUUCAAAAUCACAUUAUUCCUUUUGGUCCCCAUAUCGAGCAAAUACUAGCCGAUGGCAAGCUGUUUGUCGAUCAGGUUCGUCAGUCAUCACGCACACCCGUGGUCAGUGUAUUACUUCAUGGUCCUGCUGGAAGUGGCAAAACAGCAUUGGCUGCUACCAUUGCUUUGGAAAGCGAAUUCCCUUUUAUCAAGCUUAUUUCCCCUGAAACCAUGGUCGGAAUGACCGAGUCGGCCAAAAUCUCGGAGAUCCACAAGGUGUUUAAUGACUCGUACAAGUCACCCUUCAGUGUCAUUGUGAUUGAUAAUAUCGAACGUCUUGUUGAUUGGGUACCUAUCGGUCCACGAUUUUCCAAUGCCGUUUUGCAAGCGUUACUUGUGCUUAUCAAGAAGAAACCACCAAAAGAUCGUCGUCUGCUGAUUCUGGGAACAACAACUGAACGCCGGGUUCUUGAUCAGAUGGAUAUGGCGGAUGCUUUCAAUUCCGAGAUCUAUGUUCCCACCAUCACGUCCCUGGAAGGCAUUGACAUUGUGUUACAGCAAUUGGGACUCUUCACCGAUGCCGAACGUCAACGCACCAUGUCGUUAUUGCAACAAGCUGGCAUGGAACAACGUCUUGCCAUUGGUAUCAAGAAGCUAUUGAUGGUCAUUGAAAUGGCCCGGCAGGAUGCGGAUAAGAUUGAAAAGUUUGUCAAUACCCUGUUAUCCCUAUAG